UCUGUCUGUCUCUCUCUCUCUCUUUUUCUGUGACCGAAAGCGGAGCCGAAACGCGAGGAGGACUGCGACGAGCCCAGAGGGAAGACGAGCUUGAAGGAGAAGAAGGAGAAGAGGGAGGAGAAGAGGAAUCGGCGAUAUAGCAAUGGCUCUGAAGCUGAAUCCCCAUGUCGUGUCUCCGUCGCGGAAGCUGACGUCUUUCGCAAUGCCUCCGGUGGCCAACGUCGGCCUCAGAUCUCCCAGGUUCUUCAUGGCUUCCACUCUCCGCUCCGAUUCCAGGGAGGUGGGAAAUAGCAAGAAGCCAUUUAUGCCUCCUAGGGAAGUGCAUGUUCAAGUAACACAUUCCAUGCCACCCCAAAAGAUUGAAAUAUUUAAAUCAAUGGAUAAUUGGGCCGAGAAGAACAUCUUGGUUCACCUGAAACCAGUUGAGAAGUGUUGGCAAGCACAGGAUUUUCUUCCAGAUCCUGCCUCCGAUGGAUUUGAAGAACAAGUAAGGGAACUGAGGGAGAGGGCAAAGGAAAUUCCUGACGAUUAUUUUGUGGUUUUGGUGGGAGAUAUGGUCACUGAAGAAGCCCUUCCUACUUACCAGACAAUGCUUAAUACUUUGGAUGGGGUCAGGGAUGAAACAGGUGCAAGCCUCACACCAUGGGCGAUUUGGACAAGGGCAUGGACUGCCGAGGAAAAUAGACAUGGAGAUCUCCUUAACAAGUACCUCUACCUAUGUGGACGAGUUGACAUGAGGCAAAUUGAGAAGACAAUCCAGUACUUGAUUGGGUCAGGAAUGGAUCCUAGAACAGAGAACAAUCCUUACCUUGGCUUUAUCUAUACUUCGUUCCAAGAAAGGGCAACGUUUAUUUCUCACGGGAACACUGCGAGGCUUGCCAAGGAGCAUGGGGAGAUGAAAUUGGCUCAAAUAUGUGGAACGAUUGCCUCGGACGAGAAGCGCCAUGAGACUGCCUACACCAAGAUAGUGGAAAAGCUGUUCGAGAUCGAUCCAAAUGGAACUGUCUCCGCUUUUGCUGACAUGAUGAGGAAGAAGAUAUCUAUGCCGGCCCAUUUGAUGUUCGAUGGUCGCGACGACAAUCUUUUUGAGCACUUCUCAGCCGUUGCACAACGGCUCGGAGUAUAUACAGCGAAAGAUUAUGCUGAUAUUUUGGAGUUCUUGGUGGGCAGAUGGAAGGUGGAGGAGCUAACUGGGCUUUCUGCAGAGGGACGGAAAGCCCAAGAUUAUGUCUGCACUCUGCCUCCACGAAUUAGAAGACUGGAAGAGAGAGCUCAGGGAAGGGCAAAGGAAGGUCCAACCAUUCCGUUUAGUUGGAUUUUUGAUAGAAAAUUGAAGCUCUAGAGUGGAUAUGUGCUGGCAAGCUCCAGUUUCCCUCUCUUCCAAUGGCUUCUUCAUGGAAAGAUAAACAGAACCUGGUUGGAAUCAUGCUGCGUCACAAUCACUCCAAUGCCAUUUUGGGGGGAAGUCGUGCUAGAUGUGGAAACAGUUUGUGUCUCUCGCAGAUAACUAGCUGUGCUGGCAGCCGUGGUUUUUCGAUAUCGUGUUCUGUUGUGGUCUCUCUCUUUGCUGUAGAAAGUUACAUUUUAGUCGCGUGUGUUACAGAUCAAUCUGUUCUGUACCGAUUUUGAUGAUGUAAGAACUCUAAGUAAUGGGAACGUUUCCGAUAUUUCUGUA